GUCUUAGUAUACUUGAAUCUUGAAGUUCAACGCCUACUCUCUGCUCGUUCCUUAAGAAUGCGCCUUCUUUCCGAAAGACGCUCCGCUACGGGCAGUUUCAUCAUCGAACUAGAAGAAUUUCCAGAUGUACCAUCUGAUAAGUACGCCAUUCUCUCUCACACUUGGGGUAAGGGAGAGGUUAGCCUCUACGACUUGCAAUCUGGACUCGCCGGGAAUAAACAAGGGUUUAAGAAGAUAAGAAAGUGCUGUGCCAAAGCGUUAGAUGAUGGAUUCAAAUACACGUGGAUCGACACCUGCUGUAUAGAUAAAACAAGCAGCGCCGAGCUAUUCGAGGCAAUCAACUCGAUGUAUCGAUGGUAUCAGGAAGCUGACAUAUGCUAUGUAUAUCUUGAUGAUUUUCAGUCGGAAUGUGACACAUCGAGUAGCCGAUGGUUUACGAGAGGAUGGACGCUUCAGGAAUUGAUUGCGCCACAAAGGAUGAAAUUUCUCAAUAAAGAGUGGAAAGAGCUUGGGACUAAGGAAAAUAUGCAGGCUCUCUUAUCCGGAAUUACUGGUAUUCCAAGCGACAUUCUCACAGGCAGGAAGGAUCUUGAAAGUAUCAGCAUUGCGCAAAGAAUGUCAUGGGCAGCACGACGGGUUACAACCAGAAUCGAAGAUCAAGCAUACUCUCUUUUAGGCAUAUUUGGUAUCAACAUACCACUAAUUUACGGAGAAGGAAAGAGGUCUUUCAUUCGUCUCCAAGAGGAGAUCUUAAGAGUGAGUGACGACCAGAGCAUUUUCGCUUGGAAGUCUCCUGGAGAGCAUCAUGGCGGGCUAUUGGCAAGCUCCCCCGGUGCAUUCCGAGACUCAGCCAACAUUGUUUCACAUAACGCUUUUUCCAGGUUGGACAAACCUAUUACUCAGAGCAACAAAGGGAUUCACCUGGAGCUUCGUCUGAUCGGAAAGGCUCCGGGACUGGCCCUAGCUAUUCUUAAUUGUAUCGAUCGUGCAAAGGGCGACCUUCUGGUCGCUUUAUAUCUCAGAGACCCUUUCAUGACAAUGGAGCAAUUCGAAAGAGUCCAAUGCACAGAGCUUAACUAUACAGACCUACGAAAAUACAAAUGCACACAGUAUCCCAUGAGAAGGAUCUGUGUCAAGCAACGCCGCCUGACAGAUCUAAAGCAGCAAGCCUUGUCAGAUGUUCAACUCAAUAUCUCUGAGAAUAAAUCAGUGGAGGACAUAAUCGGAGACCGAGAGCGUACUAAGCACAACUCGAUGGAGAAUAAUUGGGAAAUACUCAGUUCAUUCACAGCUAGAGGGGAUAUUGAUUCAUUAUGGGGAAGAUCACUGUUAUCAGAAGCAGCCUAUCAUGGCCAUGUACCCAUAGUGAAGCUUUUACUCGCUCGGGACGACCUUGAGUUCGAUGCUUGCGACAUAGAUCACCGAACUCCCCUUUCAUUUGCUGCUUCAGCUGGCCAUGUCUCUGUUAUCCAACUACUACUAGAAACGAGCAAAGUCAGUAUUGACUCAAGAGAUGUCGACGACCUCACCCCUCUCGCCUGGGCGGCCCAGAAUGGUCAUGAGAAGGCAGUGAUCUCAUUGCUUGAAAAUGGUGCUUACGUUGAUUCAAUGAAUGAUUGGUGGUGGAAGGCGGGGAUAUCAAUUCCAAAAGGAGAGAUACCAUUGAAAACAGCUUGUACACCACUGUGUUUGGCAGCAAGGAAUGGUCAUUAUGGAGUGGUGAGGCAGCUGCUGGCAAGUGGUGCUGAUAUCAACACAAUGGAUUUAUGUUCCGGCCGUACGCCAUUAUCUUUUGCGGCGGGAAAUGGCCAUAAUAAGGUGGUCCAACUUCUGCUAAGCAAGGGCGCUGGGGUUGAAUCCAAGGAUAUUCAGUUCGGCCGGACACCACUUGCAUGGGCAAUGGAGAACGGCUAUUCAGAAAUCGUACAGCGACUGCAAUCCGAAGGUACUGAUACGCACACAAAAGAUAAUCAAUGAGGCUGUGGCACGUCUAUUCCUUUCAGCACCUGUUUCUCAUCUAUUAUUAUUUUUUUUUCUCUAUUCCUCGUUCUAUCUUCUCAUCCUCUUCCUACUGAUUGUUGUACUCCCAAAUGUUGCAGGAUCCUACGUGAGCUCUUUGGGUUGUUCCCAUACAAUGUCAGGGUCUAAGCCUACUCACAAUGCUUGUUCAUGUUGCAUCUUAAUUUACGAGUGCUAUGUAGGUAAGUCGCUAAG